GCUCUUUGUGUUGAUCUCUCUCCAUUGUUUUUCCAUUUGCUAUUAAAAAAACGUUAUUGAACUUAGGUUAAGUUACAGCGACAGAAAAUAUAAUUUGGCCCUUUUCUUUUUGAUAUUAUAUAAUUUGCCCUUGUUCAAUUUCAUACAGACAAGGCUUCUGCCUUCCUUAAAAAAAAAAAAAACAAGGCUUGUGCCCUGUGGUGUUGGGUUGUGCAACGAUGAAAGAAAUAAAGCAAAAUAGAGUUACACCCAAACACUCAUCCACGAAUUUAUUAAUUUAAUUGUUUUUUUUUUUUAAAAGUAAAAACUGAAACCGCAUACUUCGAAAAGCAUCAAAGUAAUAUGGCAUGACGCAGACAGGCGCGUGGGUGAUCACGCAAAAGAAACAUAAAAACAUUUAUAAUAAAUAAUAAAUAAAAACCAAUUGGCCAAAUUGCUCUCUCGCCACAUUUAUACCAAAUCUCUUAUUUAUGGCAAUUUUAUUAUUUAUUAUUUCUUUACUCGGAUGCCACUUUUCCUCUGACCCUCACUCACUCUCUCUCUCUCUCUCCUUGCCAUGAAUUUUUCCUUGUAAGUCCUCGUCUCUCUCUCUCUCUCUCUCUCUCUCCAAACAAGGCCCUGUAUAAAAAUAGAGUCUUUGCCUCCUCUUUGGAAAACAAUGAACAACCCAGAAGCGAGGGCUUCAGACAUGCAGUCUCUGUUCUCAGGUUUUGUACUUGACCCUGAAAAGUGUAGCAGGCUAAGCUUGGGAGAGAAGAGAGAACUAGUUCAUGAGAUUGCCCAAUGGUCAAAAGAUGCCCCAGGAAUCCUUAGUUCGUUUACCCGUAGGGAGCUUCUUGAAAUUAUCUGUGCUGAAAUGGGUAAGGAGAGGAAGUACAGAGGAUAUACAAAACCUAAAAUGAUAGCACAGCUUUUAAAGGUAGUAUCUGAGAAAUCUAAGAGUAUUACUAAAAGCUCUCCUGCAUUUUCUCCGGCCAAAACUCAAACGGGAAAGAAAAGGAAAAGGGACGUAGAAGCUUCCUUUCAACCACUCAUUGGCCCAGGUCGUGUUUCUCCUGUGACUAGUCAAGAAGGACACCCUAAAUACCAAGUCUGUCAGAAUGUAGCUUGCAGAGCUGCCUUAGGGUCAGAGGAGUCUUUUUGCAAGAGAUGUUCUUGCUAUAUCUGUCAUCUUUUCGAUGAUAACAAGGACCCUAGUCUAUGGUUGACCUGUGGCUCUGAUACUGCUGAUGAGAAUGGUCCAUGUGGAAUAUCAUGCCAUCUGGAGUGUGCUCUAAAGCAUGAAAAAGCUGGCAUUAUGAAGAAUGGUUGCUGCCCAGAGUUGGAUGGAAGCUUCUAUUGCAUUGCUUGUGGAAAGGUUAAUGAUUUAAUGAGAACCUGGAGAAAACAAUUAAUGAUUGCAAAGGAGGCUAGAAGAGUGGAUGUACUGUGUCUACGAAUUUCUCUGUCUUACAAAAUUCUUUCAGGAACGGAGAAAUACCAGAAACUACAGAACACUUUAGAAACUGCUAUUAAAAAGCUGAAGAAUGAAGUAGGCCCACUGGAACAGGUCUGUGCAAAGAUGGCGCGUGGAAUUGUUAACAGGCUCUCUUGUGGUGCUGAUGUUCAGAAGUUGUGCAAUUCUGCAGUGGAAUCUUUUGAUUCAGUGUUUUCUGAUCCUUGCCCUGUCCAUGUGGAAAAGGAAGAGCGAGCAACUUGCCGCAUCCAGUUUGAAGACUCAACCCCUACUUCUGUUGUCAUCGUGCUAGAAUAUGAGGAUCUUCUUUUUAACAACUUCUUGGGUUGCAGGCUGUGGCAUCGUAAGUCUGAUGUGAAGGAUUAUCCAGACCAACCCUCUUUCAUUGUUUUAAGGCCAGAGAAGAAAUUUAGUCUCACCAAUCUCCAUCCCUCAGCUGAAUAUUUCUGCAAGGUUUCUUUGUUUAGCAACGCAGGAGUAUUGGGUGUUUGGGAAGCUAAAUGGGUCACACCUGCAUUGUAUGAUAGCUCUGUUAUGUUAGAGAAUCAGAGAAGGGAAGAGAAUGUAGCAGUUGUUCAAAAUCAUUCCCAAGAAGAAUCAACCAAUUCUAGUGACAUCAAAUUAGCUUCUGGAGACCAUACUGCGAAGCUUCAAUCCUCGAAUGGCAUCAACAAGAACCAGAGCAAAAGGCUCUACUCACUGCCUUCUCUAACAGAAACUGCUUCUUUGAUCAAAGCAGUUUCUCCAUUGACACCUUGUAAAUCCAACGGAAUGCGUAAAGUACCAGGUUUCAGGUGUACAAAGCGAGCAGAGGAAAGUGAUUACGACUACUCUGUGAGAGCAAUCAAAUGGCUAGAGCAUGAGGGCAACAUAGAUGAAGAUUUUAGAGUAAAAUUUCUUACUUGGUUCAGUCUGAAGGCUAAUAUGCAAGAACGAAGAGUGGUCAGAGUAUUUGUGGACACGUUCACUGAUGAUCCAUCAAGCUUGGCUGGGCAGCUCAUCCAUAGCUUUGGGGAUAAGAUUUGCUGUCACCAAAAGAAUGAGCAAAUUUUUAGCAUUGGUCUUACACAAGGUUGUGCCAUCAAAUUUUGAAGGGACUCGUUUUUUA